CCUCCCGCGCGGUGUCAAGGGGGGCGUGGCUUCAUCCUCGGCAAGAGGCGGUUGGCGACGGUUGGGCCCCUCAGAGCCUCUUAAAAUGAAACCUAGCGGGGCCGGGAGCGGCGCAGAGAGCGAGGGGCUGCGACCUGCUGGAGCCGCCCGGAGCCGCCGGCCGCGCCGCGCGGGGCUGCGAGCUGGGCACGGCGGGUGCCGCCGCGGGCUGCCGGCCCAGCGCUGAGCUGCGCCGCGGAGGCGGCGGGGGCCGCGGGCUGAGCGACGCUGCCCGCCGCGCUCGGGCUCCUCGCCUGCCGUUAUUGUUGCUCGCCGCCCCCCGCCUUUCUCCUCCGCCUGCAGGAAGAAGUCCAGCCAGGGACCGAAAUCGCCCUUUUUAUCCGCUUUUCCACACGCACGCACCCCCCCCCUCGCCUUUGUGCGGGGGGUUUUAUUUUGUUUUAAACCAGGUGUUUUAAAAAUAGUCCGAAAACGGCGUUUUUUAGAAAGUGGCUUUUCUGUGGAAAGGUGUCUUUUUAAACAAAAAAAACACUAUAUUAUAUACGUAAUCUAUCUAGUGGAGUUCCUGCAGGACAGCUCCUGGGGUGUCUCUUGUGUGUAUACUGGGGGUUUUUUUUAAGUUUAAUUUUGAGAUUUUUUUUUUUUAAUUUUUUGACGGAAGUGUCAGAGCGGGGUGGGUUAUUCUCGGCUUCCCCCCCCCCGCCCCCCCCCCCCCAUUAAACGCAAAGAAAGCCAGUCUCUUAUUUAUAAAUCUGCCGGGACUUGCCUGUCGCGAUGUACAACACGGUGUGGGAUAUGGACCGCGAUGACACAGACUGGAGGGAAGUGAUGAUGCCAUAUUCCACUGAGCUGAUAUUUUAUAUUGAAAUGGACCCUCCAGCUCUUCCUCCAAAGCCCCCCAAACCAAUGACUCCAGUCAAUACAAAUGGGAUGAAGGACAAUUCCAGUUUCUCUUUGCAGGAAGCGGAGUGGUACUGGGGGGACAUCUCAAGGGAAGAAGUAAAUGACAAAUUACGAGACAUGCCAGAUGGAACAUUCCUGGUGCGUGAUGCAUCGACCAAGAUGCAGGGAGACUACACUCUGACGUUACGGAAGGGUGGCAACAAUAAACUGAUAAAGAUCUAUCAUCGAGAUGGAAAAUACGGCUUUUCUGAUCCACUGACAUUUAAUUCUGUUGUGGAACUGAUUAACCACUACCGCAAUGAGUCUCUUGCUCAGUAUAACCCGAAGCUUGACGUGAAGUUGAUGUAUCCAGUGUCCCGGUAUCAGCAGGAUCAGUUGGUGAAAGAAGAUAACAUAGAUGCAGUAGGUAAAAAGCUUCAAGAAUACCAUGCUCAGUAUCAAGAAAAGAGUAAAGAGUAUGACAAACUGUAUGAAGAAUAUACCAGAACAUCACAGGAAAUUCAGAUGAAGAGGACCGCAAUUGAAGCUUUUAAUGAAACUAUUAAGAUAUUUGAGGAACAGUGCCACUCACAAGAGCGAUACAGCAAAGAAUACAUUGAGAGAUUUCGCAGAGAGGGGAAUGACAAAGAAAUUGAACGGAUUAUGAUGAACUAUGAGAAAUUAAAAUCACGCUUGGGUGAGAUCCACGAUAGUAAAAUGCGUCUGGAACAAGAUUUGAAGAAACAAGCUCUGGACAACAGAGAGACUGAUAAGAAAAUGAACAGUAUCAAGCCUGACCUCAUUCAGCUCCGCAAAAUCAGAGAUCAGUAUCUUGUAUGGCUCAAUCACAAAGGAGUGAGACAGAAGCGAAUAAAUGACUGGCUGGGGAUCAAAAAUGAAAAUAUUGAUGACACGUACUUUGUGAAUGAAGAAGAUGAAAACCUGCCACAUCAUGAUGAGAAAACCUGGUUUGUUGGGGACCUCAACCGUAUCCAAGCAGAAGACUUGCUCUGUGGAAAACCUGAUGGAGCAUUUUUAAUUCGAGAAAGUAGCAAGAAAGGAUGUUAUGCUUGUUCUGUGGUAGCUGAUGGAGAAGUGAAACACUGUGUGAUCUACAGCACUCCAAGAGGUUACGGGUUUGCAGAACCGUAUAACCUGUACAGCACACUUAAGGAUUUGGUUCUUCAUUACCAGCAGACAUCCCUUGUCCAACACAAUGAUUCCCUAAAUGUCAGGCUUGCCUACCCUGUCUACGCACAGAUGCCCCCCUCUCUUUGCAGAUAAAUCUUGGGGAGGAGGAAGGUGUUGGCUAUCUUGGAUUCUUUUCUACAAUUUUUAUUAGAACUUGGAGGGCAUUCUUUCUCCUUAGACUGCUUGUUUUGCACAAGAAGUGAUUCUGUGAAUGUGAAUCAAAAAGAGGCCUAGCAGCAACAAGACAGCAACUUGGGUGUAGGUGUCCUGGUGCUACCUUAAAAGCUCAGCUGUGCUUUUACACUGAUACUUUUGUUUCCUUAUGAGGGGAAUAAACUCAACACAAUGCAUACAAAAAUACUGGAAGCAAAACAUCGUUUUAUGGAGAUAAUUUUUUGCCAGGCACCUUCAGUGGAACUUCUAAUUGGAUUUUGUUUUCUCUUGUUCAUGUAGAGACAAUUCGAAGCCUCUGUUUGAGGCAUCAGUAAUAUCUUUCAGUCUUAAAACCCAAGAAACUAGGGGGGAAACUCUACCAUAGCAAUUCUUCUCUGUUAACUUUAGCAGCUUCACUGCGAUUCAGCCGAACUUCCUAAAGAGGGCUUGUCUUAAGGUAGCAUGAAAUUUGGUGAGAAGACCAAAGGAAUUAUGGGAAAGCUUCAGGUUUUUAUUUAAAUGGAAAAUGCUUGUAAAGAAAAGUUGCUUUAUUUUUUUGCCAACAGUAACAAAGUUUUGGUUUCAAUGGCACUACAGGUCUUCACUUAAAGGAAACAUAACCAAAUUGAACCCACCAAAACUUUGUUUGUUGCUAGAUUGAGCACUUAUGGGAAAGGUUGCGUUAGCAUCCGCACAUACUUUCUACACCAAAACUUGAAACAAAUAAAAGGAAAAGCUAAAACAUUGUGUGGCUUCACAACACUAAUUUGUCUGACCUGAUAUAAUUGCUCACUAUCCUCUCUUUCUCCAUCCCUCUUCUUCCCAUUCCUCAGCUUGGGAUUCUGUUUUUGAUUUUUAAAGAUACCGUGCUUCAGAAUGUAAACUAGCACGAAACUUGCACUCACAUGUUGCAGUUCUCUUGCUGAACAAUGACUGACUCUUAUAACACUUGGUUUUGAUGUAAAAGAGGUGCAAUCUAAUGCUUCUGGAUGGCUUACUGUACCAAAUUAUUUCAUGAGGAAUAGUUAAAAGUGAGCAUGCUAAUUGAAUCUCUGAUUUGUUCUUUGCAAGCUAGAUUCUGAGCUUUCACAUCACUGUAGCCAAGUAAGAUUUUUACACUGGUAUAAUCUAAACUCCCUUGUUAUUUUGUAUAUUAUGCAAAAUACAGGAAGGGAAGAGCUGCACUCCUCAGUUACUGGGUGUCUGGUACCUUCCCUUGGCAAGGGCUGCUGUCAGAUACUGGAGUAGGUAGUCCUGGGUUUUGUCAAGUAUAGCAAUCAUCCAAGAAAUCCCCUCCUUGGGAAGAAGAAAGUAUACACAAGUAUACAAAGCAGCUUAUUUCCAUUCCGUAGGGUUCUAAAAUGAAAAAGAGCUAAAUUUGGCAAACUGAACCACUUGGCAUCAAAGCAUAACUGGCAAAGUAAUUGUUCAGUGUGCAACCUUGAAAGUUGCUUUUGUUCCUAUUAUUGGAAGCAGUUCCCUUGAAAUGCGCCCAUUAUACAGAACAGGAAGCCGACAGUCAUGCAAAUCUGAGACUACACAUUGGGAACUUCUGGACCUGUUUCUGACCCGAUUGCUGAUUUCCUGUUCAAAUUGCCAGGCUUGUUGAUGUUGAAAGUGUAAAAUCAUCAGAGGCACUAGAAGUAUUAUUUAGCUGAAUGUCGUGAAUUUGCAACCAGGGAAGUGACAAGCCUGGAGCACUGACGACAAUAGUAGGAAGAGUAGCGCAGUUGCUCGGUAUGCCCAUGAGAUAUUUCAUUUUGCACUAAUGACCCUGGUACAUCCCAGGUGCUUUGUAGUCAGGUAGAGUGUAACUUUCAGGCAAAGGGUUCUGCAGAUGCCACUUUUCUCAUUAAAGGAAAGAUUAUGAAACUUAGCUGGGCAGUAGCAGAGAAGAAAAUGUGGGCUGUUCUAUCAGGGUGAACCCCAUCAUCUCCUAGUGUGUCCCUUCUUCUCUCCCGCUUCCCCAAGAAAAGGAACACUCAGACUUAGCCUUUGCUCUUAGCCUUGUUCUGGAGUGGUCUCCCCAGCUGUACGUGGACAUGGAAAUUUUUCUUUUUAAAGAAACUUGCCCUACCUCUUGGAUAAUUUGCAGUUCUAAUCUGGUAACUGUAAAGCUGUCAUUCUCACACCUCUUGUGCAUCUAAUGUUCCCUUAGUGCUGGAUUCAGUCCAGACACCUAAUGAGGGAAAUCAAUUCAAAGGCACAAAUGAUAGCCAGGUGCUUAAUUCCUGUGGAAAAAUCUGUGCAAGAGGAGUGUCUGGUUGUUUUCUAUGCUGCGAUCUCUCAGGGCUCUGCUCUUACAAUGUUAACAUUUAAAAAUGAUGGGGCAUGUAUUUCUAAUUCUUGUUUUUGUGAAAGGAAUGAACUAGCUGAAGUGUUUUAUAUCUACCAUGUUUUUAGAUAGGGCUCAGGCUUGAUUUUCUUUUAAACAAGCAAGGGUCUACUUUCAGGCUCAUAAAUCCUGGCACACCCUCAGAGUACUGACAGCAGCGGUAAAAAAGUGGGGCUGUCUGAAGUUCCCUUGUAGCGGGAUCUCACUGAUCUUGUGAGGUCUUGGUCCAGACUCCAGCCCCCUUUAUGCCAAUGUAAAUAUGGUGUCAUUCCACUGGCGUCUGUGAAGGUAUCUUGGCUUUAUAGUGGUGUGACUGAAUUCAGAAUCUGGCCCCUCUCCUUCAAAUCUCUUCACUAAUCACAGGUGAUGCAUUUUCUGUGAAUGAUAUGCUCAGAGCCAAAAGCCAUCGUGAAGCCUCCCACCCUCCCAAACCUUCAGAUCAGGACGAUGGGCAGAUUAAGCCUAUGGUAUUUGUAUUUGGCUCCUUUAUCCUCCGUGAUCUUUUUGAGUGUCUGCUUUGCCGCUGCAUCUCUUUGCAUUUGGUUUAGGCGCCUAAAGUCACAGCUGCUGAGAUUAUUACCCAUUUUUUACUCUCACAUGCCAUCGCACACAUUCUUUUUGCAUCAGUUUUGCACUCAUAUGGCAAGUGAAAAUGGGUAUAAAACCAACUGACGUGUAGCAGGUGUAAUCCACUGGGCAAGGACUUGGUCCUGCUGCAUUCAUUCUGUUUGGCCUAAUUCUGCUUGCUCAGUAGCUUUAGACCUGUGCGAAACACCGUUGCUUCCAGUAGUCACUCCUAACUUGCAUGACUGAGAAAUCAGAAAUGGGCCUAUGAGGUACAGGGUUACACCUUGUACAAAAACCAGCUGUUAAGACUAAAACAAAUACAGGAAAUGUGAACAUAGAGGCAAAACAAAGGAACUCGAGUUCUUUUAAAGCAGUAAGAUGUGAGAAAGUUUUGGUUUCAGGAGUCAAAACGCAGGGAGGAAAGAGGGGGAAAUAGUCUCACUGUCGGAGCAGCCGUUUUCUGUUGGACUGCAGCUAGAGGAGUACUGACUUCAUUGACCCAUAUUGUAUUAAAUAUAUAUGUAGAGUUAAAUAAAUAACUUUUGCACAGUGUUGGGGGGGGUAAUGUUGAAACUCUAAUAUGCACAGUUUCUUCUAAUCUGUUUUGAAGUAUAUUUGCAGGGAUCAGGGGUGAUUCAGUAUUUUGUAUUCGUAUGGAUGGGAUUUCAGGUCUACUUCCACAGUUGCCAUUGGCCCCAUUACGUCAGCCAAGAGUGCCAUGUUUUUGAAGUUAACAAGUUACAAAUCUUUUCCCACUAGUUUCUUUCUUGAUUACAAGUGAUCUUAGACUGGAAAGAACUGACCUAGAAAUUCAGAGGGAUGUUUUGACAGAUAUUUGGGCUACUACGCAAUAGAAUGUGAAACAGUGAUACAUGGUGGUGCAUCUUUUACCUCCCAAAUGCUCCAGAUCUGGUUCUUGUUUUGUCAUUUGUUGUUUAAUUCCCACAAGCAGUGGGUUGGGUGGCUCAUCUGCACCUUUUGUAGCUGGAGCUCACAUCCAGUACAGCCCUCUGUCCUAUGCCAAAAACUAAACGCUCUUUCCACACUCAUUUCUCUUGAUGUGGCAGAGAGUUAAGAAAUUUUCCAUUUAUUGUGACGGGCCUGAUUCUUUUCUCGCUGACACUAGUGUAAGCAAGAGUCCCACAACUGAAAGCCAUCUCUAGGAAAAGAGCUUGUAUUUAAUCAUAUCUGAAUUCAAGUCAUAGAAGGGCAAAAAUCAAAUCUUGGCCUUCACAAAGCCAGGCAACUGUAAUGGGGACUGUGGAAAUGAAUGUUGACACUUAGUGCUGUUUUGGGGAGGAGAGGGGAAGAAGAAGGAUCUUGGUUGCCCUAAAUCUUGUGCACUCUGCGAACUCGAGUGGCAACAUGUCCGUAACUGAAUGCUGUGGCUGUAUAAAACAGCAGAAUUGCUAAAGAGGUGUCACAACUAAAGUUUGGAAAAGCCCCUUAUUUGGUACUUGAACAAUCUCUCUUCUGUUUUUGAAUGUCUGUUUAUUUUUUAUUUUUGUUACACUAACAGGGAAUAAAAAUCUGAAAUGUUAGUGAGUCUUGUAUGUUUGCUGCAUUAUGCAGACAUAAAACAGGUACUGUUUGUGGACUGGGAGGGGUAGGAGACGGGUUCAACAUGCAGUUUUUACAAAGCACUAUGAUGAGUUGGGGUAUGUCUUGUUUAGAUCAUGUUUAAAAUCAGACUUUCUUAUGUGUAGCUUCCUUCUGUUAACAUACAAACAUUUGCUUUGGGAACAGCAAAGUCAAAAUAUAUUCCUGAAGAACAAAGAUGCAGUGGUGGUGGGGGGUACGUUUACUCAAAUUUGCCAUUCAAAGCAAUCUUGAAAAUGCUUUAACAAAUGGGGGGGGGGGGGGGCCAUCCUAAAGAAUCUCUCUGGUUGUAGCUUGAUCGAGCAGCAGACAGACCACUGAAGUAGGACCUCUGUCUUUAGCCGUGAAAGAAAGAGGAGUUGCCAGAACAGACCCAUUCACAAUGUUCACUUUGAAAACUUUGGAAUAAUGGGUUGUACUUUUCUUAAAUGUGCGUGCAAGUAGGUGUAUGAGGAACAGUCAGGAAACCGAGAGAAGUCCUUGAGGACUUGUUCCUCUUUUUUGUGUUGGAAGGAAACUUGCAUUGCUGGUCCCCUGUUUUCCUUUGGCGCUGACUGUGCAGCCGGGAGACGGGACCCAAGUUACUAGCCCGGAUCAAUGCAGGCCUGUUUAUAAAGCAACUCGACUAGUUACUUACUGAGUGAGGAGUAUGUUUUGAUGGGGUUGGAUGAAAUUUGUCCAACAUUUUUGUGAAUCUUGCAUUCUGUGGGCAGAAAUACCUUCCACCAAAUAGGAAAGGAAAAAUCGCUUUUAAAACCUUACGCUCCUUCCUGUUUGUUCACAAGGGCAGGUCGCGAGGAUUAGCAAUGUGCUUGUUAACCGUUAAGAUGAUGACAGUGCUUGAAGUGCUGGUCUUUGGGGCUGGCUCCAUACAAUUAAUGCAGAAUUCGUAUUUUUUUAUCGCUAUUGGUAUAGAUGGUGAGCUGGUGUUUAUGGGUAGACUCACCAUUUGUUCGAGAAUUUGCCUUUAUGCAAACGGAACGGGAACUUCAGAGGCAGAAUGAAAGGAAGCAGGUCCUCUUAUCCGUAGGGGGAAAACGCUUUGCCGAUAACCAGCGUUAGGCAAAGCGGCUUCAGUUCGACACCCCCUUCCCCAGCCUUCAGUUCCUAUUGCUGCUGCAAGGUCGGCCUUUGCAAACCAGAGGGUGGGUGGCUUCCUCGGAGCUGAGCAGUGCUUCCCCCAUGCGCUCACCGGGCUUUGGAGCAGUCAUGGAAUGGGCUUGGGAUCCUUCGGAAAAGGUCUUGUGUCCAAAGACUAAAAUGUCCGAGGGUGAAUAUCCCCCCGGCCUAAGCCUUUCGCUUCGGUGGAGUUGUGUAACGCUUAGGCCAGCCGUGAGAGCGCCCAGGGUCUUCGCUCGAGCGCGGGGAGAGGAGGGGUUUCUUCCCUCGCUCGGCUGGUUGGGGUUUGGCUCCGUUUCGGUUUCGUGACUUCUACAUCAGGCAAAGCUACGUUUGACUAAACCUGUUAAUUUUGUAUAUCUGGCUGUUUAUUGCACCACAGGAUUGUAAUGGUCUGCAUCAUAUCUGUGUGUGUGCGUGUGCGUGCGCGUGCGUGUGUAUAUGUACUGUAUGUAUAUAGAUAUAUGUAAAAUAUAUUCACACAUUUAUAUGCAUUAGCUGUAAGUGGCACUGCCCCUUGAAAAUAAAACAAAAUUCACUGUUAGCACAUUCUAACAUGCAUUUAGGCAAAGUUGGGUUUGUUUUUGUCAAAUGAAAAGGAGUUUAUUGUGAUCAUCUUGAAUAUGUGCUUUUGAAAUUCUGAGCUAUGGAUUUCUUUGUUUUUUUUUUAACUGAUUGAAUUUGGGUUUUAUAGUUAUUUACUCUGGGACAAAGCAUUAAAAUUUGUUCAAAGCAAAGGUUUAAAAGAAGAAACCCUCUUGUGUUCCUUCAAGAUGCAGUUAACAUUUGCACGUUUAAAUAGGCCUAAAAAAACCUCCUGUCUAGAGCUGGUGUGCAAUGGGUGGUGUUGGUGUGUAUCACUUUGUGAAUGGACUCUUUAUAUCAGGUGUGGUUCGAUGUAAAGCAUGAGUGGGUGUUUGGUCUUGUGUCGAGGGCUGAAAUAACAGCACACUCCUUUGUACAACCUUUGCAUUAAUGUUUCUUUUUUUAUUUGAGUUCUCUUUUCUUUAAGGGAAACUGCAUCUGUUAAGAACCUGCUUCUCAAGAAGCUAUUGAGUUUUUUUCUGUAUGAAUUCCAGCAUGUAACUUUGGUACUCUUGUUUGUUAUUUGUGUAAAACCUGUUCUUCUGUCGUUUAUGGUGUAGUCAAAAAGAAAAAAAAAGGAAUUCAUGUAGUUUAACUUUGAAAAAGAAACAAACUGCUUCAUAAGGAAACCAAUUGUAUGUUAGUGUUUUCAGACAAGUCAUACUGUAGUUUCUAGAUCAGUAAUGCAACACUGUACUUGUCACCAGAUGUGUUACGAUUUUGCUGUACUUUCUUUUAAUAGAUGGUUGGGCUUUUAAAUCCCAGACACUAAGCAUCCUGGGCCUACUUGCUCUAGAUCAAAAAUGCAAUAAAAAAUUGCAAUAAAGCACAUUGACAUGUAAUGUUUUAGAAGGAUGUACUGACAGCUGUUUCUAAUAAAUUCAGAAAUGCAGCGUA